UUUUUACGUCGCAGCAGUAUCAAUUUCAAGAAGACAUGCAGUUGAAGUUUAUGAAAACAGUUACAGAAGCACAGGAUCAUCUGUUUCGCAUAGCCGGUCUGUGCUGGUCACCAAACAAUCAAAAGUUGGCGGUGGCUACAGCAGAUCGUACAAUAUUACUUUUCGAUGAAAACGGCGAACGGCGGGAUAAGUUCUCUACGAAACCUGGAGAUGCUAAUGCCGGAAAAAGUUCGUAUGUUAUUCGCGGAAUCGCUUUCAGUCCAGAUUCCAGUCGACUAGCGGUGGCCCAAAGCGAUAACAUCGUUUACGUCUACAAACUGGGUGAAACAUGGAAUGAGAAGAAAGUGAUUUGCAAUAAGUUUCCUCAGGGAGGAGCAGUAACUUGCAUCACAUGGCUCACCGGAGGGAUGAUCAUUGCAGGUUUAGAGGAUGGAAAGGUGCGAUCGUUGCACUGUAAAAAUAAUAAAUCAAAAACUCUUUAUGGAGCAGAAAGUUUAGUUGUCGCGUUGGCACCGAAUACAAGAGGAACUGGAUUUUUAUCUGGACAUGAUGAUGGAUCGGUUAUAAAAUUUUACAUUAUCGAAGAACCUGGAGAGCCUUCCGGCAGGAUUCUUCAACACCCGGUUGCUCCGGUGGCGUUGGCAUGGCCUCAAAGUGGAAUACUGGUUGCGGGUUGUGAUAGGAAGAUUUGCUUCUACGAUACUUCAGGACGACUAACUCGAAACUUCGAUUACACAAGAGAUGACCUUGAGCGAGAGUUUUCAGUUGCCGCCUCCAGCCCUAACGGUCAAGCUGUAGCAGUGGGAAGUUUCGACCGGAUUCGAGUUUUUACAUGGAGUCCUCGACAAAACACUUGGACAGAAUCGUUAUGCAAGAGUAUUCCCAAUUUAUACACAGUAACUGCGAUCGCCUGGAGGAAAGAUGGCUCUCGGUUGUCAGUUGGGUCUCUUUGCGGAGCAGUUUUAGUGUACGAAUCUGUGCUUCGUCGAACUAUCUGGCAAGAUAAAUUUGAGCUGACUUUUGUUGCUUCCAGCCAAGUUUUGUUAAAAUCCCUACACGGCCCAUCCUACUCAAUGAUGGUGGAAUCUCAACUUGGACUUGAAAUUGACGACGUUCGUAUCAUGGGAAAGGAUAACUUUUUAAUAGCACGAACCGAGGAUUCGCUAAUUCUCUGUGACCUUUUACGAGGUCAAACAAGUGAAAUUCCUUGGAUUGCAACUGGUCGUCACGAAAGGUUCUAUUUUGAAAACCCCACUGUCGCGUUGAUUUUCAACGCAGGAGAACUUUCGCUAGUGGAGUAUGGAGAGAACUACAUUCUUGGUUCGGUCCGAACCGAGUUCGUUAAUCCACAUGUAAUUUCAGUACGACUUAACGAACGCGGUAACGCAAAGAAUAACAAAAAACUCGCGUAUUUGCUGGACAUGAAGACAGUGUGCGUCGUAGACUUGAUCUUGCAAUCGACAAUAACGCAGAUUACGCAUGACUCCAAGAUAGAUUGGCUAGAGUUGAGUGAAACAGGUCAUAAACUACUUUUCAGAGACAAAAAAAUGCGUUUGUUACUAGUGGAUAUUGGCUCCGGAAAGAAGCAGACCCUUCUAGCGAAGGUGGCUUUUGUCCAGUGGGUUCCUUCAAGUGAUGUUGCGAUAGCUCAAAGUGACUCCAAUCUGGCGAUGUGGUACAAUAUCGAUCUUCCGGAGCAUGUGACAAUACUGCCGGUUCGCGGAGAUGUGUUUGAUGUUAUUCGAGAGGAUGGAAGAACUGAAGUCCACACUCGAGAGGGAGCAUCCGAACAUGUUUAUAACCUGGACGAAGGCUUGGUGGAGUUUGGGACAGCCGUCAAUGAUAGUGAUUUCGGAAGGGCUAUUUUCUAUCUGGAAUCGUUGGGUGACAAACCGGCUGCCAAGGCAAUGUGGCAUAAUUUGGCGAACAUUGCAUUAGCACAACAAAACCUACGGGUGGCGCAGAGAUGUUUUGCUGCGUUGGAGAAUGCUUCGAAGACGUUCUACAUUGGAGAGAUGAUCAAAAUUGCGGAAAAAUAUGAGGAAGCCACUGGUAAUCAAGGAAUGAAUUGCCCCGAAGUCAGAGCACGAAUGGCCCUCUUAGGCGGUGAUUUGAGGUCGGCUGAGCGAAUUUACAUCGAACAGGGAGACAUUGAAGCUGCUUUGGAUAUGUAUAAGAAUCUUCGUCGUUGGGAAGAUGCGAUUAAACUGGCUGAACGUCGUGGUUAUCAAGGGUUAAAUGAAUUGAAGGAACAACAAAUGGAGUUUCUCUUGAAUACUAGUCAAGAAGAGAAGGCCGGAGAAGUACUAGAGGAACGUGGGGAAAAGGAUAAAGCAAUGACUUUGUAUAUGAAAGCAAACAAACCAGUGAAAGCUGCUAAGUUAGCUUUGAAGACACCACAUCUUCUAUCGAACGAGAGUAUUGUAAGUCGAGUUUCUGCGGCCUUAGUGAAGGCCGAAUUGUUUGAAUUAGCGGCAGAGUUAGCCCAUCGAACUGGUCAACAAGAGAGUGCCAUCAACUGGUACCGAAAGGGAGGAGCUUAUGCACGAGCAAUAGAUUUAGCUCGUUUCGUAUCUCCGGAUGAGGUUAUUAAGCUAGAAGAAGAAUGGGGUGACUGGCUGGUUUCCAAACGCCAACUGGAUGCUUCCAUAAGUCACUACAUCGAGGCAGGUUGCACUGUGAAGGCACUAGAAUCGGCGGUUGGAUCUAAGCAGUGGCGUAAAGCAGUUCAAAUUGCGAAAGCUGUGGACGAUGCCGAAGAAAUUCGAAAAUAUGCUGUAGAGUUAGCUGAACACUUGUGUUUGAUAGGUGAUGUCAGUACUGCCGAGGAGCUAUUGAUUCGAGCUGAAAUGUACAAGGAGGCCAUCAAUUUGUUAAAUAAACAUGGUCAGUGGGAAAAAGCUUUCGACAUUGCCGAAAAGUUUUUGAAUACCGACGAUGUUCGUGAUAUGUUUAUCGAUCUGGCGAAAGGACUAGAAAUCGACGGUAAAUAUCGUGAUGCUGAAAAGGUUCUUCUAACCAUUAAUGAACCAGAUACUGCCAUUAAUAUGUACAAAGAACUAGAGAUGUACGACUCAAUGAUUCGACUGGUAGAGAGAUACCACAAGAACCUGCUGCAACAAACUCAUACUUCUCUCGCUCGUCAAUUGGAAAGUAAAAACCGCUUCAAGAAUGCAGAAGUUCAUUUCUUGGCUGCAGGAGAUUGGAAGGCAGCCGUUCAUAUGUACUGCGGCGCGAACAAGUGGGAAGAGGCUCACCGUGUAGCGAAACAAAAAGGAGGGGAAGGCGCCUCCGAUCAGGUCGCAUACAUGUGGGCCAAGUCACUCCCGAUAGAAGCAGCUGCUAGGCUAUUGACAAAAAUGAGUUUGAUUGAUAACUCAAUUUCAUAUGCUUGCGAAGCUGGUCAGUUUGAUUUUGCUCUGGAAUUGUGCAAAGCAAGUGGAAAAUCAGCAGACGAUGUCCAUCUAAAAAUUGCUAUGACUUUAGAGGAUGAUGGAAAGUUUACAGAAGCGGAAGCUGAAUUCUUGCUAGCGAAUAAACCUAAAGAGGCUAUUAUGAUGCAUACACAUAGUGGUGAUUGGAAGGCAGCCAUCCGUGUUGCAGAAAAAUAUCUCCCUGAAGCUGUCAAGGAAGUUCUACUUAGCCAAGCUGCUUCCGCGCUGGAAGCUCGUAACUAUCCCGAAUAUGAAACCUUAAUGGUCCGAGCUGAAAGACCCGAUUUGAUCUUAGAGUACUAUAAAGAGUACAACAUGCUUAGUGACGCACUUCGUAUUGCAAAAGAAUAUGUGCCUUCUGCAGUACCUGAAAUCCAAAAACUAUAUGCACGAACUAACCGUGGCAGCGGCGGUAAUGAUUCUCGUUAUCUCCUACAGAAAGCUUCGGAAUACGCAAGAGCUGAAGAGUUCAAAAAAGCCACUGAAUGCUUGUUACAGAUCAGUGAUGCUAAUGCUGAUGAGUCUACUGUUGGCCGAGCUCUACUAAGAGCUGCUGAGAUUUGUAACCAAUUUUUAGAAGGUCCUGAUGCAGUUGACAUAGCUCGAGAACUUGGUCCUCGUCUAAUGGAAAUCAACCAGAUUGGCCCGGCUGCUCAAUUGUAUCUUGCAGCUGAGCUACCGCGUGAAGCAGUUGACGUGUUCAUUAAAACUGACAACUGGAAUAAAGCCCGCCGACUGGCAAAAGAAAUUGAUCCACAAUUGGUAACUUAUGUAGAAACUCAGCAAAAAUCUCGUCUAAGAAAUCAAGGAAACGUUGAACAGUUAGCAGAUAUUGAUAUCAUGGGUGCCUUGGAUUUGCUGGCUGAGCAAGGCCAAUGGACACGAUGUAUCGAGAAGGCCAAACAGCAUGGUGUACCUGUACUUCAGAGAUACCUCGCUCAAUAUGCUGCUCAGUUGAUUAGGGACGGAGAUUGUACGGCCGCGUUGAAUCUGUAUCUAGAGCAUGGUGUGCCACCAGUUGCGCAAAAUUUUAACAUAUAUAAUCGCAUAGCAUCAGAAUGUUUUGCGCUACGUGAACCAGAUGGCGUUAAUAUUUGGAAAAACUUACGUAACUUUCUAUUGAAUCUAGUUCAAGCUCUGCGAGGGUCAGACCAAGCAGAAGCUGACAUUAUUGAUCGAUUCGAGCAGUUAUUAAUGAUUGCUCACUACUAUUGUACGAGAGCAGCUUGUCGCCAAGCACCCGCUUUACAGUCGAUUGCCGUUAAAAUUUCUGUCGCGAUCUUGCGUCACACCGACAUAAUUCCUUGUGAUAAGGGAUACUACGAGGCGGGUAUGGAUUUACGCGGCAUGGGACGUGAGUCAGAAGCUUUUGUAAUACUGAAUCACUAUUUGGACGUUUGCGAAGCGAUCGAGGAAGGAUCGGGAAAUUUAGUUGAUCAUUCUGAUCUCUCAACAACGGAUUUUCCCAGCUCCGUUCCUAUACCGGCGGAGUUGCAUUUGAAAAACGAACUCAAUUUGCACGAAGAAAUUCGCGAAUGGGUACUAGCAGUGAGCAUGGAUCAGAAGGUUGAUCAGAUACUACCAACCGACGAUCGCAACAUGUACGAGUCCAGUUUAGGUAUCUCGGAUCAAGCCUGUUUGGUGAGUGGUUAUCCGGUGAUGGGCCGUCAACCGGUUGUGUUUCAACGUACCCAUCGGCUUGCCAAUCGGGACGCCUGGAGUAAGCUAACGGUGGCAGCCAGAAUGGCUCCGCAGACAGACAUUCCCGGUGUUAUCGAGUUCAUCGAGAAGUGGUGUGGGCCGGCGAACUUUCUGUCUGGUUAAUUGCAGAACUUUACUUAUUACAAAAUAUUUCUAGCUUGGUGAAAUCAUUUCAUCGUUACUUAUUUUCAAUAAAAUAUAACU